UCAAUGGCGGAGUAUCGCCGUCACGUCACGUUUGACUCUUGAAUUUGUACGUGUGCGUAUACAAGAUUGGGAUGGUGACUUCCCUAUCUCUCUCUCGCACACAAUCCAAAACCGCAGCCCAAAUCUUUACUGUGCUCGAUCCACGUGUUAGCGCCUCGGGGAGGCUCUUAUUCUCCACCGCUCCUUGGUAACUUUAACUUCCCACGUUUUUUAUCUCCUCUGGCACCGCCAACCGUGAAUCUUUUUGGGGUUGUACGAUUGGCGGCCGGUCGAUAUGGUUGCGGAGGUGUUCGGCCCUUAUGCGGACGCCUGGAUGGCGGCGAUCCGCCUCAAGGGCGCCGGGAGUUGGUGGGACGAGGUGAAUUCGUCGCCGGCAUGGCAGGACGGUAUCUACCAUGUUCUCGCUGCACUUUAUGGAAUCGUCGCCUUUGUUGCUCUUGUGCAAUUGGUGAGGAUACAGUUGAGAGUACCGGAGUUCGGUUGGACAACUCAGAAAGUAUUUCAUGUCCUCAACUUCUUGGUCAAUGGAGUCCGUUGCAUAGUAUUUGCAUUACGUCGUGGUGUUCAGACAUUGAAUCCCGCGAUUCUUCAACAUAUCUUGCUUGAUAUGCCAAGUCUAGUGUUUUUCACAACUUAUGCACUUCUUGUAUUGUUCUGGGCAGAAAUUUAUUAUCAGGCUCGUGGUGUGUCGACUGAUGAACUGAGGCCUACUUUUUACACAAUAAAUGGUGUUGUGUAUGCUGUUCAGCUGACCUUGUGGUUGAUAUUAUGGUGGAAGCCGGUUCAUGCUACAAUGAUUGUGUACAAAAUGUUCUUUGCAGGGGUUUCUCUAUUUGUGGCCGGCGGAUUUCUUCUCUACGGUGUAAGACUCUACUUAAUGCUAGAAAGAUUCCCAGUGGAAUCAAGAGGGCGCCGGAAAAAGCUACAGGAGGUGGGCUAUGUGGCAACAAUAUGCUUUUCAUGUUUUCUUGGCAGAAGCAUUAUGAUGAGCUGUGGCGCAUUUAAUCCAGCCGCCGAUGUCGAUGUUUUGAAUCAUCCUAUUUUGAAUUUCCUAUUUUACCUGAUUGUGGAGAUUCUGCCUUCGUCGCUUGUACUCUUCAUACUGAGGAAACUGCCUCCAAAGCGCGGUGUCACUCAAUAUCGCCCAAUUCAGUGAUAGAAAACCAUGCGAAGAAUCGUUGGAAUUUGAUUCAUUUAGCUCUAUAUCCCUCAAAGUUGUGUAUGAACAGAAAUUCCGGAGGAUCCGACCAUAUCAAAAUCGAAAACAUCGGUGUUACUCUUGCAGUGGAGGCCCUGUCUUUAGCCCAGCCCUGAUCCUGACCCUGACCCUGAGAAUGCAAACAUUGAUGAAUGUGAAAAAGAAAUUGCACAUUCUAAUUCUAUCAUCUCUCCAUUCUCAUAAUUUUAGUGCUGGUUUUAAUUUACUAUGAAAAUUUGCAUCAAAUGCUCACAUUCUUGCACUUUUUAUAGCCAUAUAAUGAAUGGUUUGUUUAUAUGAUCAACUUUACUGAAAGAAGAUGCAAGAAUGCAGAGCAAAAAAGUUAAAAAGUCCAAUACCCAUU